AUGGAGCCGUCCCAGCCUCUGCGACAGCUCCCUGGGGCUCGGAGGCUGCAGCUCCUGCUCUUGAUGCUGCUGCCUGAAUGGUGUUGGGGCAAAUACGUGAAAGGCAACCUUAGCACCAAGGAGGAUUGGGUCUUUUUGACUAGAUUCUGCUUUUUUUCCGACUAUGGACGCCUGGAUUUCCAGUUCCGCUACCCAGAGAACAAAUGUUGUGAGAACAUCCUUCUGUAUUUUGAUGAUCCUUCUCAGUGGCCGGCUGUUUACGAAAAGGGAAAUAAGGAUUGUCUGAUGAAGGAAUCAGUUAUCCGCCCGGAAAACAAUCAAGUUAUCAAUCUUACAACCCAGUAUGCCUGGUCUGGGUGCAAGAUGGUGACCGAAAAUUCCAUCCGGUAUCUGAGUUGCACAAGCGGGAGAAGUUUUCGAUCCGUCCGGGAACGCUGGUGGUAUGUGGUUCUCAGCAAAUGUGGGGGCGACGGCUUGGAACUGGAAUACGAGAUGAUUUUGACGAACGGCAAAUCGUUCUGGACACGUCAUUUUUCCGCGGAUGAAUUUGGUAUCCUGGAAACUGACAUCACCUUCCUACUUAUAUUCAUCCUGAUCCUCAUCAUUUCUUGCUAUUUUGGCUAUCUGUUGAAAGGCCGCCAACUUUUGCACACCACAUACAAAAUGUUCAUGACAGCAGCUGGAGUAGAAGUGCUCAGCCUGAUGUUCUUCUGCAUAUACUGGGGCCAGUAUGCAAGUGACGGGAUUGGAAACGACAGUCUGAAGAUCUUGGCCAAGCUCCUUUUUUCUGUCAGUUUUCUGAUCUUCCUUCUGAUGCUCAUUCUCCUGGGAAAAGGAUUCACGGUCACCAGGGGUCGGAUCAGUCACACAGGGUCCAUCAAGCUCUCGGUGUACAUGACUCUGUACACCAUCACGCAUGUUGUGCUGUUUAUCUACGAGGCUGAGUUCUUCGAUCAGGCUCAAGUACUGUACACCUACGAAUCUCCGGCUGGUUAUGGCUUGAUUGCUUUGCAGUUUGUGGCUUACAUCUGGUUCUGCUACGCGAUACUCAUCACUCUCAAGCAAUUCCCGGAGAAACAACCUUUCUACGUGCCAUUCUUUGCUGCUUAUACCCUUUGGUUUUUUGCCGUCCCGGUCACCGCGCUUAUCGCUAACUUUGGCAUACCAAAAUGGGCUCGGGAGAAAAUAGUCAACGGCAUUCAACUAGGGAUUCAUUUCUACGCUCACGCGGUUUUCCUGAUUAUAACCAGGCCCUCGGCCGCCAAUAAGAACUUCCCGUACCACGUGAGGACGUCACAGAUUGGGAUCGUCGAGGAGGCGGCCACGGGGGCCAAAUUUCCGCACCACGUCUACGGCAACGUGACGUUCAUCAGUGACUCGGUGCCCAACUUCACGGAGCUGUUCUCCAUCCCCCAGAGUACGGGAAGCAACACCAGCAAUACCCGCAAGCAAAUGGAAGACACCUCUUCUGCCGAUCGUAGCCUGACCUCUAACUGCGUGGUCACUACCUCUGAGCUCAGCGGUGCCCCUGUGCUGUUGAAGCCCUCCCUGGGGAGCGAGACUCAGCCUCCGCCCUACCAACUCCAUGCGCCCCAACUACACCAACAUAACGGCUACACCGAGUAUUUUAGCAUGCAUACAACCGGCGCUCGGCCCGUCUAAGGGUCCC